CGCAAGCGACGCUGAUGCAUACAGAGACACAAACAGAGUGAGAGGGAGGGGAGUGCUUCGUCCUGGCAGCCAGGAAAGACAGACCUUGCCCCUCUCCCACCCCCGUCUCUGUAGAAGCCUGUUUAAAAUCAUCAUUAAAUCAGGUGCAUGCGCAUUCCUCCGGCUCUGCCGUGCUCGUCAUCCUCCGCGCUGGCAGAAAUAAUUUGCGCGCGGUCUCGAGAUGCGGUGCCAAUGUAACUGUGGCUACACCAGUGUCUGAAUCUGCCUCGCGCAACUUCAAGACUUGCUUCGUUAACCGGGUGGUUAGACAAACACGCGAAAUACUGAGGGGCGGAGUGUGACGCUUCAUGCAUGACAGUUCAUGGAUUCUUCAGAUACACCGGGAUUAAGCCAUGACAGCUGUUAGAGGCAACGGGAGGCCAUGUCCGUGGAGAUCACAAUCAAGACGAAAUCAAGUCCAUACGACUGACACACGGGGGUGCCUUCGGGGUCACCGUCACCGCGCCUGAGCCGAGCGCGUCUGCUCAUCUGGCGGCUACAUUCGCGGACACAGUGAGGACCAGACUACACACAGAGUAGUAUGUUUCGGGCAUCACAUCUUUCUGUUUGCUUCAGUGAACAUGUCGGUGUGCCCUCAUAGGGUUACUUAUUAAUACGACUUCACUUUAUUUAUUUUAUCCAAGCGACGAGGUUGAAAGAGCAUCGUUUGACAAUUACGCACACCUUUCUCUACAAGAGACGAAUAAAUCAACGCCGGUCGGCGUGAUCUAUGCCCGCCGGUUAUCUUUUCCUCCGAACCCCUCCGGUUUCCAGUCGGACUUCUGGCGUUUGAGCUGGAUAUGUUGACAUUAACGUAAGCAUGGAUGGGAUGAUCAGUCUGUUGGGGCUCCUAGCUCUCUGUCUGGAAGGCAUCUACUGCCAAGGAGUGUACGCGCCUCCUACUGUUCGGAUUGUGCACUCGGGCCACGCCUGCAAUGUGGAGGAGGAACGCUACUCGGAGCGAGUCUACACCAUUAGGGAGGGCGAGAUCCUGGAGCUCACCUGCCUCGUCACUGGACACCCCAGGCCUCAGAUCCGGUGGACAAAGACAGCGGGCAGUGUGUCGGACCGCUUCCAGGACUCCAGUGUGUUCAACGAGACGCUGCACAUCGCAAAAAUCCAGCGACACCAAGGCGGACGCUACUACUGCAAGGCCGAGAACGGCCUGGGCUCACCAGCCAUCAAGUCCAUCCGCGUGGACGUCUACUACCUUGACCCCCCGAUAGUGACCGUGCACCAGAGUAUCGGCGAGGCCAAGGAGCAGUUCUACUAUGAGCGCACGGUGUUCUUGCGCUGCGUGGCCAACUCCAACCCUCCGGUGCGCUAUAGCUGGCACCGCGGCCGCGAGGUGCUCUCACAGGGCUCCGACAAGGGGGUGGAGAUCUACGAGCCCUUCUUCACACAGCUGCAGGGGGAGACUAAAAUCCUGAAGCUGAAGAACCUGCGGCCCAAAGACUACGCCAACUACAGCUGUGUGGCCUCCGUACGCAGCGUCUGCGGCAUCCCCGACACCAGCGUCAUCUUCACUCUCACCAACAAGACUGCUUCUCCUUCCAUUAAGCUGCUGGGCGAGGACCCCAUCGUGGUCAACCCUGGCCAGACGGUGGCGCUGGUGUGCAUCACCACGGCAGGUGAGCCCCCGCCGACUCUCACCUGGACCACGGGAGGGGGCGGCGCUCUGCCGGAGAAGAGCCAGGUGAAGGACGGCACGCUCACGCUACGCGACAUUUCCUCGGACGAGGCCGGCAUCUACAGUUGUGUGGCCAGCAACAACGUGGGCAACCCGGCUAAGAAGUCCACUACCAUCAUCGUCAGAGCACUAAAGAAAGGUCGUUUCUGGAUCACGCCCGACCCGUACCACAACGACGACAACAUCCAGAUCGGCCGCGAGGUGAAGAUCUCGUGCCAGGUGGAAGCCACCCCUCCCGAGGAGCUGGUGUUUGGUUGGCUGAAAAACGGACGUACGCUACGCAGCUCUGAGCGCAUGGUAAUCACGCAGACUGACCCUGACAUCUCGCCGGGAACCACCAACCUGGACAUCAUUGACCUGAAGUUCACCGACUUUGGCACAUACACAUGCGUUGCCUCGCUCAAGCAUGGCACUAUCCCCGAGAUCAGCAUCGACGUCAACAUCUCCUCCACCACUGUUCCUCCUCUGUUCUUCUCUUUCUUAGUCCCGCCGAGUCUGGCGGUCCCGCGGGGCAAGUCACCCCUGGUGGCCCGCGAGGGCGAGACGGUGGAGCUGGAGUGUGUGGUUACAGGAAAGCCCAAGCCCAUCCUGCUGUGGACGCGCGCUGACCGCGAGGCGCCCAUGCCCGACGGCAGCGCACAGAUGGAGAGCUAUGACGGCGUGCUGCGCAUCGUCAACGUCUCGCGGGAGAUGAGCGGACAGUACCGCUGCCAGACCAGCCAGUACAACGGCUUCAACGUCAAGCCACGCGAGGCUGUAGUCGAGCUCAUCGUGCAGUACCCCCCGACUGUGGAGCCGACACACCUGGAGAUCCGUCAGGGUCUAGGCCGGACCGUGGCCAUGAACUGCCGGGUCCUGCGAGCGCACCCGUCGCGGGUCUUGCGCUACGAAUGGCGCCUGGGCUCCAAGCAGCUGCAGUCGGGCCACUUUGACUCGCGGGACGAGACGGAGUACACAAUCCGCGCGCUGGCACGAGAGAACUACGGCGAGUACGUCUGCGAGAUCAUCAACGAGGCUGGCGCUGGGAGAUGCGUCUUCAACGUCACCGGCCGGGCCUACGCUCCGGAGUUCUACUACGACACGUACAACCCCCUGUGGCAGAACCGGCCACGGGUCUACGGCUUCAAGCUGCAGUGGACCCAGAUGAAUCCGGACGCUGUAGACCGCAUUGUGGCCUACCGGCUCGGCAUCCGCCAGACGGGGCAGCAGCGCUGGUGGGAGCAGGAGAUCCCAGUGGAGGCCCCCAUCAGGAAGGGCGAGCUCAUCACCUACAACCUGACGGAGCUCAUCCGUCCGGAGGCCUACGAGGUGCGCCUCACUCCCAUCACGCGCUUCGGAGAGGGAGACUCCACCGUACGCAUCGUUACCUAUAGUGCCCCUAUCAAUCCACAUUUACGCGAGUUCCACUGCAGCUUCGAGGAGGAGCCCAUCUGUUUGUUCAUCCAGGACAAGAACGAUGACUUUGACUGGACACGACAUAGCGCUGCCACUCGCGACACCAAGUACACGCCCAACACAGGCCCCAGCGGGGACAGAGCCGGCUCCAAGCAGGGUUUCUACAUGUACAUUGAGACGUCCAGGCCUCGUAAGCUGGGGGACAAGGCCCGUCUAGUGAGCCCGGUCUUCAACGUGGCCCCCAAAAACCCCUAUGGCCUCACCAACCCUCCAGCAUACUGUUUCAGCUUCUACUACCACAUGUAUGGCAAGCACAUCGGCACCCUGAAUGCGUUCCUCAAGCAGAAGGGUCAGUCAGCUUCAGCAGAAAGCCCCGUGUGGACGCUCACUGGUAACCAGGGCGACCGCUGGAGGCAGGCCAAAGUCAGCGUCCACCCAACAGCAUCUUUCCAGGUGGCGUUCGAGGGCGUCCGUGGUCCCGGGAUCGAAGGAGACAUCGCCAUCGACGACGUGGUGCUGGAAGAGGGCGACUGUCCCAACACUCCACCCAAUCCUGAAGAGUCCAGGGCUCCUCCCAGGGAAAUGCAUAUAUGGCUCCUUCUGGUCACCGUGGCGAUGGCCUUGCUGAGGGGUCAGAGGUGACCCUCCCGUGAGGCGAGGCGGAACAGCGCCCCUAGUGGAUGGAGUCUGUGUGCAUCGGGGACCCUCUCUCUGUAGCCACCAAAGAUUCGCGCUUUUGGACAUUAUCUUGGGAGGACACCACAGUCCUUACUCCAUUCACACAAACUCACUCAAGGGAGAAAUCAACAGAAAAGUAAUAAAGAUUUGCUAAUGUUUUUUUUUUUUUUUUUAAGUUCUACUAACUUUUUUGGUCAAAAGCUCCUCUUGGCCCAAAUGAGAGGGAGGGCCUCUGUUUGUGUACUUUCAGUCCAACUCAAAUACUGCUUGGACUUGUUGGAGGGAGCAAUCAGAAAGCAAGGGGGUGAUUGCAAAAGCACAAAGCCAUGCUUAUUGACUACCACAUGCCACUGGAGAGGAAAAGGUUAUUGACCCAAAAAAAAGAAAAGGAAAAUGGAGCUACAACUAGACAUACUUUUGUUCACAACAGAAACAAACAAUGAAGCAAUUCUCCGUAAUGCCCUCCUUCAGAAAGACACAAAAUCACAGCUUUUUUUCACAUCCCCAUUUCGCCCACCCUCUGCGCGAGUCCUCAGCUGCACACGCUCUCCAAAUCCACCUCCACACCCACAACCCCCCCACCCCCAUCUCCACCCUACCCCACCUCUUUCCUGACGCCUGUCUAUUUUUAGCUUGGUGCUUUUCACUUGAGAAAUACAAUUAGAGAGAAACCACACCACAAGGAGGAACCACACCACACACAUCAUCAAAACUUCUCCUACACAUGGCAUCAACUUCAGUCUGUUUUCCCAAUGACCAGCUACCUAGUUAUCUUUCUUAACACUGUGCCCGUAAAGCAGAGUGGCCAGUCUGUGGUAUGGUAUGGAGAGGAGGUUCUGUAGGGCUCUAGAAGUUUCUAGAAUGUUCUCUAGAGUUUUAGAAGUGGAGGGUACUUUGGAUGGGUAACACUAGGAGAGAGGGCCGCAUGAGAAGCAGACGAGAGAGAGAGAGAGAGAGAGAGAGAAAGAGAGAGAGAGAGAGAGAGAGAGAGAGAGAGAGGGAGAGAGAACGAGAGAGAGUAAGGAAGAGGGAGACAGAUGAAGAAAAGAAUAGUAUGCUAUCUUUGUUCCUCUCCUCCUAUCUGAAGCCUCCAGGCCUCCAAAUCAGCUGUGGAGUCCAAGCCACUUUCUGCCAUGAAAACAAAGUGCCUUCAGAUUAAAAACACACAACAAAAUUCAAAUAAGACCAGUUACCCAACCUGGUCAGCAACCCUAGACAAACAACACACACACCAUUUGCAAUGUAGAUGCUGGCUAGCAUGGGCUAUUUUCUACCACCCCACCCCUCACUCCCAUAAAAAAAUAUAGACAAUAAUAGACAAAAGUGGUAUUUGGCACAACCUUAACAGAGGUCGGUAAAACUUGAGACCUAGGAUCUAGAUGAUGUGUGUGUGUGUGUGAGAGAGAGAGAGAAAAUGUGUGGUGAUGCCAUUCCACUCCCCACCAGCAGGGGUCAGUUGUGGGCGAGGGAGGGCAGGUUGGUGGGUGAAGAAGAGAGACUGGAGCACUGAUCUAGACCUCCUGGUAACCGGACCUGGGCCACAUGAGAGCCAGAACAAGACCAUGUCCAGGCGUGGGUUAACUGGAGAGGCCUCUACAGAUCACUGAAGCACCCAGCAGAGGAACACAAAGGGCCGUCAUUUCUCUAAUCCCAUACUUUCAACAGGGGAUGAAGAGUGGGUUGUGGAACAAACUGAGAACUGUGACGAAAACAACUCAAUACAGGAGCAGAAGAGCAAAAAUGAGCAAAUGAAUGAAUCAACAAAUGACUCUCUCUCAUCAAAGCAGAGACAGGAGAACUCAGCAGGGACGGGAAAGGUGGCUGAUGGGAACUCUCCAACAUGGCCGCCACCCGUCCCAGGCCUCUGUUGUUUCUAUACUAUAAUUGUGCAUUCUGUAAGAAUAAGAUAUUCAUAAGUAUAAUAAUAUUUUAUUACUCUGGUGAGAAUGUUUCUCUGCUUUUACACAAACUGUGAAGAGUUAGCAGUGGAAGAUCUACCUGAAUGCAUCCAUAACCUUAACCUGUGGGUUUUUCAACAGUGUUGUAUAAAAAAAAAAGAUGAAGAAACAAAUGAGAGCUUAAAGAUUUUUUCCAUACAUUGUUGGUUAUGAAAAAAGGCAUUUUAAGGACUUAUUUCUUAUUCCUUUUUGUUUCAGUUGAUUUUAAAUUUAAUGUUUUUCUUGUCUCCCUUGCAUUGAACAAAUUUCUCAAGCCGAAGGGGAACAUAAUAAAUUGGUUUGGUUAAAUGUAUAACUUGUAAAUGUUGAAGAUGUUCUGUCAGUUGAGGUUCAAAAGAGACGUGUAACUGUAUGUCUGAGUUGGGGAAGCACAACAUGUAUGGUUUCACAGCCUCCCAUGAAGGAUAUGCAUACACAUGAGAACUCCCCCUACAUCAUUGGCUCUGUCUGACUGUCCAAAACCACCAGACAAGCACCAGCAUGGAGUCAAAGUAGACCCAGGCUUUUUAACCCUUAAAAUGCCAAGAGUGCUUACCACAGACAAAUCAGAAACAGCUUUAGCUUAAGGGUACCUACACAAGGAUUUUAUAACACAUUCAAGAGUAAUUAAAAAUACUUCCAAGAAGGUAUACAAGUUUAUGGAUCCUUUAUAUUGGUAUACACAGUAAAUAUAUAGUAUUGGCUCUGUGCACUAGGUAACGUCAAACUUCCGCUUUUGUCUUACGGUGGGCAAACCCGUUUCCUGUUCAUUGUUAUCACUGUCAAAUAGCACCUGAAAAUGAGUGGUUUAGUUGUAACAAAAUGUGUGCUCAGGCACCGAAAAUCCUGCCCUCCUUCUUUUGUGCAGCCACGGUGCACGUGGGCUGGCAUUUUUAGGAAAAAGGAAACUUUUAUAUA